ACAAUACCUAAAGAUGUCGGAAAAAAUAGUUUUCUAUGGCAAAGAACAAUUGCAAAGAAUCAGAAUCUUCAACUACUCGGAAUCCAAUGAUAAAACCUUGAUCGUGCUUCAUGGUGGGGGCUGGAGAGACCCUAGAAAUUCCUACAAUGACUUCGAAGACAUGGCCAAUUAUAUACUUGAAGAGAAGAAGGCAACAAACAUCAAUAUAAUAGGUAUAGACUAUCGUUUAUCGCCUUUCAUCAAGCAUCCAGUUCAUUUAAUAGACGUUCUAACUGCAUUCAGGUAUAUUCUUGAGAACUACAAAACUGGACAAUUGCUGAUAGUGGGCCAUUCCGUAGGAGCUACUUUGUUGUUGGAGAUUCUUAACUAUGUUGAAAUCAUCCAGACAGGGUUGGAACAAUUGGAGACGAGCGAGCCGCUGAUCGAGGAAUUGCAGACGUUGUUUGAUUUCAUCCUGAAAAACUUGACGUUCAAGACUAUGUACUUUCUUGAUGGGAUCUACGAUGUAAGGGCAUUGCUCGAAGAGUACCCCAGCUACGACUUUUUUGUCAAAUCAGCAUUUGUUUCAACAGUAGCAAUCGAGGAAGCAUCGCAGUUGUCUUGGAAGCAGCAUAACGAGGCUUUCAAGAUUGCUGUGGACAAAUACGAGAUAUUACACUCACUUGAAGACGAGCUUUUAAGCUUAAACCAGCCAAAAUUGUUCGCCAAAUACUUACAAGACAGAAAGAUCGAAUGCAGUUUUAGGACGGGCAAUUGGGGUGAACACGAGCAGGUGUAUAGAAGCCAGGCAGUAUCAGAGCAUGUGUUACAGAAUAUGUAGAGGACAAUUUAGUAGAAAU